AGUGCUGAAGAGGAAGACCGCAGAAAGCAGAGCGUAGCAAUUUAGCAAACAAGCAGGCUAGUUCGCUGGCUAGCUUUAUAUUCGUUGAUAUUUACUAACAACCAAGUUGUAUGUGUUUACGUUCUUAUGUAACUACAGUCAAUCUCGAUUAGACUACAAGAUGGAUACAAAUUCAAGCAAUCGAUCUCCGAGCCCGAGAGAAGAAGGGGAGCUUGAAGACGGAGAGAUCUGCGAUGAUGACACGGACGAAAAGGUUCUUGUGCGGCAGGGUGUAAUGAGGCCUAGCGUUUCUAUCAAAACCAACUCAUCACGAAAUACUCGGAAAUCGAAACAAGCAGCACGAACUUUACCACCUCUCAUGGGUGGCCAGCCAACAGAUUUUCGACUUUUAAUGCCAUACAACCGCGGACCUCAUUCGCACAAUCCUUUUCCCCCAAACCACCACAGACAGCAGGGUGGACCUAGCGGACCCGACCGGCCGCCGACACUGGGGCCUCACUGUGAUCAGAGUCCACGUUCCAGCUUCUGGGAACGAAGUCACACAGCCCUGGGUCGAUUCCGGCAUCGGGGGAAACCAGAUGAUUGUCGCGGCGAUUGGGGAAGAGGAAGCUGGGGAGACGGUAGUGGGGGAGGGAGAGAGAUCGGUAGGCCUCUCCCAGGUCGCUAUGGGCCAGGGGAGAAUCACAGUAACAUGAAGGAAUCCCCUUCGAGAAACAAACAGAAGGUAAUGAUGGGGAGGAAUCAGUUGAGAAACAAACAGAUAUUGAACAACACUAGUGCUGCCAAAACUGAGAAUGGUGUUGAUGAGAGCUUUGAGGAUCUGCUCAGCAAGUACAAGCAGAUCCAGCUGGAGCUGGAAUGUAUUAGAAAACAAGAGAACAUGGUUCUGAAGCCCAAAGAACAAUCGCCGGCUCAGAAUGAGUCAGAGGUUACUGACAGUGUUCCCCAGACCGAACCUUUACCCGACACUCAUAGUAUUUACAUUGAAGCCUCUGAAGAGGAUCCGUCGAGCUCAGAGAAGACUGAGGAGAAAAGGGUCUUUCAGGCAUUCAACCUUAAACCUCUACGGCAGAAACUCCUCACUCCUGCAGAAAUUGACGCGCUCAAAACAAAAACAGAAAAGACUGGUUCAGAGAAGGAGGAGAGUGACACAGAGGGUGGAAAUGAAAGUGAGAAAUAUCAAAUUGAACCAGUUGCUUCCCUGACCGCUACUCCUAAAGGAAAGGAAGAAACAGCGGGAAAAGAUGGUUUGAAGAAAGUGACGCACAAGAAAGGGAAGGACACACAUGUUUGUUGCGUGUGCUGUAGCAGUGAAUCGGGAGACCCCAAUGACCAAGAACAGAAGAAGGACCUAGAGAAGGACCCACACGCUGGCUGUGUGUGCUGCAGUGAAUCAUCAGAGGAGUCUUCUCCAACCCCCGCCAAGGCUGUUUGUCCUCCUCCACGGCAGCUUAAAGGGAAGGGGACCAAUGAGGACGAGGAGCUGUCCGAGCUUCAGCUGCGUCUCCUGGCGCUGCAGUCCGCUAGCCAAAAGUGGCAGCAGAAAGAACAGCAGGUGAUGAAGGAGAGCAAGGAGAAGAUCACCAAGGCCAAGCCCUCCCAGGAUAAGACCUCCGGCUCCACCUUCUCCAGUGCCAACCCCCCAGAGAGGGGGAGAGUCACAACCAGGUCCGCCACCUCUGCAGCUUCUGAGAAGGCCAAAGCGCUAGCCAACAAGCCCCUGGACAAGGCCAAGGCUGGGGCUAAGCAUCCAGCAGAGAAGGGCAAAGCUCUGGUCAAGGGGUAUCCAGGGAGAAAGACGGUCAGCCCAGGCUCGGCUGCCAAGCAGGCUUUCAGAAAGCAGCAGCUGAGGACAUGGAAGCUGCAACAGGAGAGAGACCAGGAGGAGCAGCGGAGGCAGGAGGAGGAGGAACGCCGCCGGAGGGAGGAAGAGAUCCGCAAGAUCCGGGAUCUGUCCAAUCAGGACGAGCAGUACAACCGCUUCAUGAAGCUGGUAGGCGGGUCUAAGCCGCCGCAGCCAACCACACGUAGCAAGUCCAGGGACAGCGACCACACCAGAAAGUCUUCCGGCAAACAGGGAUUGGACACCUCAGGGAAUCUCUACCAGUACGACAACUAUGACGAGGUUGCCAUGGAUACUGAUAGUGAGACCAAUUCUCCAGUAUCAUCUCCAGUACAUGAUCCAUUUGAGGUCCCAGGAUGCUUCACUCACAUGCCCAUGCCUUACCAUGUUGACUCCCCUCCACAAUACAGAAUGGAUUUAGGACAGCCGCGUUUUCUGUCCGUCAUUCCGUCAGCCCCUCCGCCUCCUUUGCCCCCAAUGCCCCCAAUGCCCCCACCUCCGGAUGAGCUGGAGCCACCCCCUAAGCCGCCGUUCGCUGACGAGGAGGAGGAGGAAGAGAUGCUUCUCAGGGAGACCUGCCUCAUGUCCAUGGCCAACAAGAAGGUUUCACUGCCUGAGGAGAUGACCCAUGACAGUGGACCCCCCUCCCCACUGGGGGAUGUUGUCCAGCCCAUGCCCAGGAGCAACCUGGGUGUGGUUAGCCUCAACACAGCUCCCCAACCACGGAGCAACAAGUUCAGCCGAGGGCACCACCUCCCCCGGCCGCCUCUGAUGCUUCCGAGACACAAAGCGGUGGUGGUGCAGCUGAACGACUCGGAGGACAGUGAUUCUGACGUGGAGGCCUGUAGCAGCUCCGCUCAGACACCGUCUGUCUUCGGAGGCCUGGAGUUCAUGAUCAAGGAGGCCCGCAGGAUUGCCGAGGCAGCAAAACCCAAACCGACCUCAGGGUCUGAGAAGGAGAACCAUCCAGUCAGAACUCCAGAAGCUCUAUCUGAUGCAAAGAAGACUGAGUAUCGCCUGCUCAAAGAAGAAAUAGCCAGCCGGGAGAAGCAGAAGGUUCUGAAGGACUGCAGUCCUCGAGGGGUCCCCUCUCCGGCAGGCUCUGACCCCGAUGUGGACUCUGCCGGCAAGGCAGCAGCCGAAGUCGAGCUUUCUGAGACUGAGGCCAGGCUGACCAAACACCGAAACCUGCUUUUGAAGGAUGAAGCCAUCCUGGGGCAGCUGUUGCAACAGGCCCAGAAGAAGAGGGAGGCGUUGAAGGCGGCUGAGACCAAGGUGGCCAAGCUUAAGGAACAGCUCCUGGCCUCGGAGAAGAUAGUCAGCGCCAACAAGACGCUCCUCAACAGGCUCCAGGAACAGGUUCACCGUGUUCAGCACCGUGUCUCCGUGAAGAAGAGCCACAGUCUGAAGCUGGAGCGGGAGCUGCUCCAAGCCCAGGCAGCCGCUGGCAUGGGGCUGGGAGAUCAGAAACGACGUGCAGAUGUCGGCCAUGCUUCGCCUGCGAAGCGCCUGCGCGUUGAAUCGUCUGCUGUCCCCCGCGGCUCAGAGCGCCGCUUUGCUGACCUCCUGGCCCAGAAGAAGCAUCUGCAGCAGCUGGAGUCCGUGUACGCCCUCAAGAUCCAGAAACUCAAGGAGGCGCAGGCCCUCCGCAACCGAGGAGCCCUACCUGAACCCCCUCCGCCCCAGGCCUCCUCCACCCCUCUCCCCAGGGCUCGGCAGCCCGGCAGCCCCCCGACCAGCCCGUUCCCCCUGCCCCAGCCCUCCCUCCACGACCUCACCCAGGACAAACUCGCCCUGGUCAGUAGUGAGGAAGCCGGCGAGAUGGAGGACGUUGACCUGGAACCCGCGUCCUCAGCCCGCGGUGUUCGCAGGCGCUCCUUCAGAGAGACUGGUUCCUUUACCAAGCCCAAGCUGGAACCCGGUGGGACUGGGCUGGUUAAGGACAACGUGGCCAAGCCAGCGAGUAUUAAGGCCCCCGGCCCUGGGGAGCUGUUCCUGGGCCUGGAGGUGGAGGCCCUGCAGAAGAUGGACCAACAGCAGGCCGGGCUGGGAGAGCUGCUGCUGGGGGAACUAGGCACGCUACGGGGCGCCGUGGAGAAACCCGCUCCAGGAAAGGUAAUAGCGGUGGACAUGGACACAAUGUCUGCCCAGUCGAACCGGAACGAGUUAAAACCGGUCCCGUUCGGUCCAUACCGCAGCCCUCUGCUGGUCUUCAAGUCUUACCGGUUCAGUCCGUACUUCCGGACCAAGGAGAAGUUAUCCCUCAGUUCCGUGUCUUACAGCAACAUGGUCGCCCCCAAAAGGUCUUUCUGUCGCUUUGACCUCACUGGCACAUGCAAUGAUGAUGACUGCCGGUGGCAGCACAUGAGAAACUGCACUUUUAGUGGAAACCAGCUGUUCCAGGAUAUCCUGUCGUACAACCUGGUCCUGAUUGGCUGCUCUGAAAACAGUUCUAGUGAUGACAUUAGUGUUGCCACAGAAAAGUAUCUUAAAAAGCUAUUUGGGGCCAACAAGGAUCGCAUGGGAAUGGACCAGAAGGCUGUCUUACUUGUGAGCAAAGUGAACGAAAGCAAAAAACACGUCCCUCCCUUCACCACAUGUAAGGACCUCCGGAGGUGGAGGCCUCAGCCCGAUUGCCCGGGCAACCCCAACACGGGGGAUGACAGCGGGGACGAGCGGAAAGAGCCCAACACUGGUCCUGUGAAAUUUGAGCGACGUUCCAAGGCCAGCCUGUCCGCAGCCCUGGAUGUCUGUGUGGCCCCAGAGGACAAGCGCUACUUUGUCAGCGAGACGGAUGACAUCUCCAAUCUGGAGACCAGCGUUCUGGAGAGCCCCUGCAACGCGCAGCUCUGGAUCAAGCUCACCUUCAAAUACCUCAACCAGAAAGACACCUCACCGGCAGAGUGCCUGGACGCUGCGUUGAACACCUUGUCCCGGGCCCUGGAAGACAACCGGGACAACCCGGAGAUCUGGUGCCACUACCUGGCUCUGUUCUCCCGCCGCGGCGAGCGGGAGGAGGUGCAGGAGAUGUGUGAGAUGGCUGUGGAGCAUGCCCCCGACUACCAGGUCUGGUGGAGUUAUCUGACCUUGGAGAGCUCGUUUGAAGGGAAGGACUACGUCUGUGGCCGUCUGCUGCACUACCUCCUGGACUGUGCUGCUAGUUGGGGUGUCUCGGAGCGGCUGUCCUUUCAGCUGCUGGAGUCUGUGCUGUAUCGGGUCCAGCUCAGCGUGUUCACAGGCCGGCUCCAGAAUGCCCUUGCCGUACUGCAGAACGCCCUGAAGUCCGUCAGUGAACGGUGCAUUGCUGACCACCUGACUGUGAGUGACCGCUGUCUGCUCUGGCUGUCCUUCGUCCACCUGAUGGAGUUCGACCGCCUGCCAGCCAGCCUGUACGACCCAGCCAACUCCAACCCAUCACGGGUGGUCAGCACCAAGCCCUUUGUCCUGCCCUGGAGGUCUCCCCUCGAUGUCCGCACAGAGCCUGACACACUCAUCGCUGUGUUCGAAGAUGCAGUGCGUCAGUGCAGUGAUGAGAAUCUGCCCCCCGCUGAAGGGACCCUGGCUCGCCUGUCGCUACACACCAACCUCAUCACCUGUUACACACUGCUGGGAAGGUAUGAUGUAGGCGUAGAGCUGUGUCAGUCUCUGUUAGCCCUGUGCCCUCAGUCCUGUGCCCUGCUGGAUGCCCUGUCAGGCCUCUACGUGGGGAAGGGGGACUGUGAGCAGGCUGUGGGGGUCUGGCUACAGGCCCUCUCACAGUGUCCACACAACGCUGAGGUCUUCUAUCAAACCUGCAAGUUCCUCAUGGCUCAGGAGAAGCCCAGUUGCAUCGCUCCUCUGUUCCGCGGCUUCAUCCUGUCUUUCUGUGACAAUGACAGCAGUGACCAGCAGCCGGUUGAUGUGUUACGGUACAUCCUAAGUAUUCCAACAGGGGACAUCCUUCGAGGCCCAGUUAUCAAAAAGCAUCUUAAAGAGCAGCUGAGUCACCAGAUGCCUUACCUGAAUCUUGUUCACUGUCUUUGGCAGUGGGCGCAGGGUAACGCAGUUGAAGCGGAGGAUGCUUUCGAAAGAGCGCUGGGUUCUGUCAGGCAACUAGAUGUUCUUCACAAGCUCUGGAUGGAUUAUCUCCUCUUUACCAGCAGUAAGCUAGCUGGGAGCCCAUCCAGCAGCAAACAUCUCCGGAUGUUCUCUGACCUGGUCCACCGUUGCCUGGUGACUGUGCCCUCCAGGCUGGAGGUUCCAUUCAGUUCGGCCCAGUACUGGAGCUGCUUCAGCUUCCACAACAAGGUUGCGUCGCACUACCUGAGCUGCCUGCCCGUGUCCCGUCACGCCCACAUCCUGGAGAGACUAAGAUACGACAUGCCAACCAACGCUGAACUGGCCCUGAGGUUGCUGCAUCAAGAAUGGGAGGACGGAAAUAUAGAACAUCUGAAAUUCCAGGCCAGAAUGUUGACCAGUAGCAUUCCAAACUGUCUGGCCAACUGGAAAAUAGCGAUCGCUGUGGAGAGGCAACUCAAGGAGCGCUCCGAGGUCCGGCUUCUUUAUCAGCAAGCCCUGCAAAAGCUUCCGCUGGGUGCUGCCUUAUGGAAAGAUUGCCUGCUGUUUGAAGCUGCGGAGGGAGGUAAAACUGAUAAACUGAGGAAACUUGUUCACAAGUGUCAAGAGGUCGGAGUGAGUCUAAAUGAACCCCUAAAUUUAGGCUCGAGCAAAAUGGAAAGAGAGGAUCACUGAGAGAGAGAAAAAUACCACAAA